AUGCCGCUCUCAAGAGUUUCCAUGAUCUUUGCCUGUGGGACGGCACUGUUUAGCGAUGGAUAUGCAAAUGGAGUCAUUGGACUUGUAAACACGAUUCUUCGCCGCUUAUAUCCGAAUGAACUCAAGAACACCAAUUAUUCGCAAACGCUUUCAUCCCUUGCCUUUGCUGGAACGGUUGUAGGAAUGCUCGUAUUUGGAUGGAUAUCCGACAAGAUUGGACGAAAGACUGGGAUGAUGGCAGCAACCGGGAUUGUCGCUCUCUUUUCAGCACUCAGCGCUAGUAGCAAAGGAGCUAAUGGAAGCAUCGAAGGAAUGCUUGCAGCCCUCUCUGCCUAUCGUUUCCUUCUUGGCAUCGGUGUUGGAGCAGAGUACCCUUGCGGAUCUGUUGCAGCUGCAGAGCAAUCUGAAGGAGAGGGUGUUGCGAAGAACGCCCAGCACAGAUGGUUCACCCUGGCAACCAAUACCAUGAUCGACUUUGGCUUCGUCAUCGCCGCCUUUGUCCCACUUGUUCUCCUCUGGAUCUGUGGCGAGAACCAUUUGCGUGCCGUUUGGCGCCUUUCUCUCGGACUUGGAGUUGUUCCAGCUUUACUGGUAUUUGUUUGGAGAUUGAAAAUGGAAAACCCUGAGGCGUAUAAGCGCUCGUCGAUGAAACAUGCGCCCGUACCAUACAAGCUCAUCUUCCGUCGCUACUGGAAAUCGUUGAUCGCCGUCUCCGCAACCUGGUUCCUAUACGACUUCAUUGCCUAUCCAUUUGGCCUUUAUUCUUCCACAGUCGUCGAUUCUAUCAUCGGUUCUACCAACAGCUUGGUGGUGAUAUUCGGAUGGGCGGUGGUAAUCAACUUAUUCUACAUGCCAGGCACGAUCAUCGGCGCUUUCGUCGUUGACAUAAUCGGUCCAAAGAAUACUAUGAUCACUGGGCUGGUAGCCCAAGCCAUCAUAGGCUUCUUCAUGAGCGGCUUUUACACCCAACUCACGCAAUCACAUCAUAUUGCGGGCUUUGCCAUCCUCUAUGGAAUCUUCUUGUCCUUUGGUGAACUUGGUCCUGGAAACUGCCUUGGACUUUUGGCGAGCAAGUCUUGGCCAACGGGUGUUCGUGGACAGACGUACGGUAUGGCGGCAGCUAUUGGGAAGAUCGGUGCAUUUGUUGGAACCUGGGCAUUCCCACCCAUCAUCGACGCCUUUGGUGGAUCUGGCAGCGUCAAGGGUAACACGGGACCAUUUUGGAUCGGCUCCGGACUCGCUCUACUCUCCGCAUUGAUCACUUUCGUGGGUGUUCGACCACUCUCUCAUGAUGGAAUGAUGGACGAGGACGAAAAGUUCCGCGCGUAUCUCGAGCAGCAUGGAUACGACACUUCUCAACUCGGACUUAGGGAUGUCAUUGACGCCGAGACUGGAUCCGUCCAUAGCGAAAAGGAUAUCAAAGAGAAGAGCACCGUCGUGGUCGAGGGGCAGGAGCACUCUGACGAGCCCUCGAGCGAUGAUGUGGCUCACAAAGCUUAA